UGAGCAAGUAAGAGAGAGGAAGGCCAACUUUACCUAAAUAAACGUAUUUGUUUAGUUUGAUAUAUUGAAUUCACAUCAGGACCAUGGGGGACAGUGAUGCAGUGGAACCCAUGGACACGUCAGAAUGCCCGUGGUUUUGGUAUUACCUGGCAGACUGUGGAAGGUGGCACAGAUUUGAGGAUGACCCUGCUAACUCCCUUAGGAGUGAGGACAUUGAAAGAAAUUUCAGAAGAAACUCAAAACAGAGGUUACACAGAUCUUCAUCCAAUGGUCACAUCAAGAUUGAUUUCUCAGCAAUGUUACGGACUGAUUUCAUCACAGGAGUGCAAGUACGUAUCCAACGGGGCUACAACAUGGAAAGAAGUUGCUGCUGCUUCUCGGCUCCUGCUGUUCACUGGGAAUGGGUUGAUCCCAGUUGUCCAUACCAGUUAAUCCCUCUGAGUGAACUCAGCCCUGAGUAUCAGGCUGUGGCAGGUUAUGUGAAGACAGAUGGGCUGUUGGACAAAUCCAUUGUAUCAAUCAGCAGGAUACAGAAUAUGGAUUUAUGGGACAUGUAUUGUCUGAAAAAGAAGCAGUUAAUGAGAAACCAAGGUGUCAAAAUGAUUCAAGAGAAAAGACUCUUUCAUGGGACCGAAAUCAGAAAUGUUGAAAGCAUUUGCAAGAAUAACUUUGAUUUACGGUUAGCUGGAGAAGGCUUGUAUGGCAGAGGAAUUUAUUUUGCUAAAGAUGCACCAGAUGCGGACAUCUACAGCACAAGCAGCACGGACCCAUUGCCGCUUCACGGCGGAGGAACAAGAGGUUUACAGGGUCAAAACACCAAAGUAAUGUUUUUGGCUCGGGUGAUGAUCGGAAAAUCAAGUGUUGGACGAAGAUAUUUGCAAAAACCUGAUGGUGGAAGUUCUGAAAACUCUCACGACAUCUGUGUGAAUGAUAUCACAGAUCCCAGUAUUUUUGUUAUUUUUGAUCCAAAUCAAAUAUAUCCAGAGUAUUUGAUUCAGUACAAAUGAAGUUAAAAAGAAGAUCUUGAGCAUGUGCAAUAUCAAUUGUCACAUCCCUUUACAAUACGGCAACGUUUAAGGCCACAUUACUAUGCUAUACAAAAUAAACUGAAUUGAACAGAGGAACUUCAUAAAUACAUUUCUUGUCAGAACCAAACUAAAAUCUAAAUCUGUCUCCUUGACCCUGCUUUCUGCCUCCAUUCCUUCUGUCAGUGUCCUACAGUCAGAUUGUCAGGUGUACUGUAGCCUUUGUUAGCAGCAUUACCUCUAAACUAUUAACAAGCACUUUCAAGAGGAGCCAGGAAAUCAAUACGUAACUCAAGCAAGCUAGAAACGUGCUGCACUGCUCUCUAAAGGUGUCAAAUAUCAACACAAGGUGUCAAAU